AUGCCUUCCGAAUACAAGCCUAAGUAUGUCGAAGUCGACGCCGACUUCAAGCCACUCCCCAAAUAUGGCCACCUCUCCCAGAAAACACCACAGUUUGCUGAAGCUGAGCCCGCCAUUAAGGCCGCCUACGCCCCUUUCUCGGAUCUAAUGCCCGAUUGGCCCACCAUUCGCGCAGGCGCUGGCGACCCUGAUGCCCCAAUGCCCCCAGGUGGACCAGACCCAUACCGCGACGUAGCGACCGAGUUACUGCAAUUUGCUGCGCGCGACGGCCAUAUGAUCGAACUUAAGGUCUAUAAGUCUCUGAAUGUCAAACAAGACGCGACUCUGGUGUACCGCAUGCACGGCGGCGGAUGGGUAGUUGGACGCCACGAAGUAGAUGGUGCCGAGAACGUCUAUGCCGCUACUCACAAGAAUAUCGUGGUUGUCAGCGUAGAUUACCGACUGGCACCAGAAUAUCCGUUCCCAUACGCAAUAAACGAUAGCUAUGACGGGCUCCUAUGGUGUAAGAAGAAUGCGAAUACUCUUGGGUUCAACCCAGAGAAAAUCAUCAUCACUGGUAGCAGUGCGGGCGGGAACCUUGCAGCGGCACUAGUCCUCGAGGCUUGGGAAAACAGAGUUACGGGGAUUGUGGCUCAAGUUCUACACUUCCCUAUAACCUGCCACCCAAAGUUUUCCCCAAAGGACAAAUACGAGUUUGGCAGCUACGUCCAGAAUCGCGACAACGCUGUUAUCGGCAUCAAGGAGAUGGAGACUGUCUUCGAUGCAUACGCACCUAAUGCCACACCCGAUUACCGUCAUUCACCACUCCUUGCUAACUCGUUAGCCGGCCUACCUCCAGCUUUGAUACAAUGCGGAGGGUGUGACGUAUUGCGCGAUGACGCUUUCGCCUACGCCGAAGCUCUGCGAGCGGCAAACGUCGAGGUGGAAAUACACGGGUACCAAGGCGUUCCACACUGCUUUCCAGCCGUUCUUGCUACCCUACCGGAAACUCCUGAGUUCUACAAGCGAUACAAUGCAUUUCUAGACAAAUACGCAGGUCAGGUUGCAUGA